GCAACGUUUUCACUUCUUAUAGAGAUUCUGGAUAAUGGAUUGGGAAGCGCUCUAACGCAAUCCUUAAACCUUUUUUUUUCUAAUCCUCUCCCUUCCAAUCCAGUCUACCUUAGCCAGCUUCCCCCUCAGUCGCCGGCGUGCUCCUCUAGCAGCCGCCAUGUCCCUUCUCCUCCGAUCCCUCCCUCUGAUCACCGUCCGUUCUAGACAGUCUCUGCCUCUCAUCCACUUCGUUUUCAAGUCCCGAUUUCCAAACCCACUCCUUAAAACCGGACGAUACGCUUCUUCUGUUUCUGUUUCUGCUUCUGCCUCCGCUUCUCCCCCUCCUCCCUCAGCAGAAACGCUCCCAAGGCCUCAAAUUCCGUUUACGGAUGCUCUUGAUUGGGUUUCCCGUACUGGCCUCUGCGGAGACUUGUCAACCGACGACGUGGGUAAGCGUGUUCGCCUCUGUGGGUGGGUUGCUUUGCACAGAGUUCAUGGAGGCCUCACGUUUCUUAAUCUCCGAGACCACACAGGCAUUGUCCAGGUGACGACACUUCCUGAUGAUUUCCCAGAGGCUCAUUCCGUCGUAAAUGACCUGAGGGUGGAGUACGUAGUUGCUGUAGAGGGGAUUAUCCGGUCUAGGCCUAGUGAGUCUGUGAAUACAAAAAUGAAAACGGGCUUGAUCGAGGUAGCAGCAGAACAUGUUCAAGUCUUGAAUGUGGUUAGAACCAAGUUGCCUUUCUUAGUUACCACUGGAGAUGAUGCUAAAGAUUCAGUGAAGGAAGAGAUUCGAUUGAGGUGGCUGAUUCAAUAUUACCUCAAUUCACUUACCGUGUUAUGAAUCUUGGGGGUCUCUGCAAUUUUGGAUGCUUGAGCUGUAUUGAAUUUGGCAUUAUGUUCUCUGACAAUAUAUUGUAUGCAUGUAUUGAUUACUUGAUGUGAUAAUGACAUCUUUGAAGAAGUUUAACGACAGAUAUCACAUGGGUAGAUGGUGUGGAUAUUUUCCUGAGCUGCCAACAUCAUUAGGUCCUUGCAGGGUUUUUUCUUCUUCUGCAGAAUGUAUAAAUGACGUCUUUAUUUUUAGUAGUAGAACAUAUAGAUUAGUUUCAGGUAUGUGUAGUUUUGUGGUUAAUAGUUAUAUUCUUGGAAAAUUAUGCUGCAUCCUCAUGUGGACAGCUGCCAUAUUCCCCAACCUUGAUAGGAAAACCAUAAAGUUCUUCCCUCAUCCUAUAACUCUUUCAUCCACUGGAAUUUUUGUACUUGUUUCGACCUUUCAGAAGUAUUCUGUUAAUUUAGUGUUGAUUUGCUUCCAUAAGCUGACAACUAUCCAAAUUGCAUAAGCAGGUAUAGAUGCCUUGACCUACGUAGGCAACAAAUGAGUACCAACAUAAUGCUCCGUCAUAGGGUGGUAAAACUCAUCCGGAGGUUUCUGGAAGACUUGCAUGGAUUUGUUGAGAUUGAGACUCCAGUACUAUCGAGAUCUACUCCAGAAGGCGCUCGGGAUUAUUUGGUGCCGUCAAGAGUUCAGUCAGGAACAUUCUACGCUUUGCCACAAAGUCCACAACUUUUUAAGCAGAUGUUGAUGGUCUCUGGUUUUGACAAAUAUUAUCAAAUGGCAAGGUAAUGUCUCUACUUGGCUGGCUGGAACUCAUUGUUACAUGAUAGCAAUAGCUAACUGCAACUAUUAGACUUACUGCUCCAGUCGUUUCAUUGAAAAGAUAACUGAACAUAGUGGUUUUUAUGUCAGUAGUGAGGACAACAGCUGUGCUCUUUGACAACAGUGUUUAAGCAUGAUACCACUUCUAUUUCAUUGCAGAUGCUUUAGAGAUGAAGACUUAAGGGCAGAUAGGCAACCUGAGUUCACACAGCUGGAUUUGGAAUUGGCUUUCACUCCUUUGGAGGAGAUGUUAUCACUGAAUGAAGAUCUGAUUCGUAAGGUUUUUCUGGAGAUUAAAGGUGUUCAACUACCUGAUCCGUUCCUCAGACUUACAUAUGCUGAAGCUAUGAGUCGAUACGGCUCUGACAGACCAGACACGAGAUUUGAGCUUGAAUUGAAAGAUGUGUCAGAUAUUUUUACAGAGACCCCUUUUAGGGUUUUUGCAGAUAACUUGAAGAGUGGUGGGAUUGUGAAAGCAUUAUGUGUUCCUUCAGCUGCUAAAAGUUACUCGAACUCAGCUCUGAAGAAAGGUGAUAUUUACAAUGAGGCAAUUAAAUCUGGGGCAAAGGGUUUGCCUUUCCUAAAGGUCUUGGAUAGUGCUGAAUUGGAGGGAAUACCUGCAUUAGUAUCUGGUUUGGACCCAUCAAGAAAAGAACAGCUGCUGAAAAGAUGCUCUGCAGGACCAGGGGAUCUUAUUUUGUUUGCAGUUGGUCAUCAUGCAUCAGUCAAUAGAACCCUAGACCGUCUUAGACAAUUUGUUGCCCAUCAACUGGGCCUGAUUGACCAUUCCAGGCAUUCGAUUCUGUGGAUAACUGAUUUCCCGAUGUUUGAAUGGAAUGAUAUGGAGGAAAGGCUCGAGCCAUUACACCACCCAUUUACAGCGCCUAACCCUGAGGAUAUGAAUGAUCUAGCCUCAGCUCGUGCCCUUGCUUACGACAUGGUUUACAAUGGCAUUGAGAUUGGUGGAGGGAGUUUGAGAAUCUACAAACGUGAGAUUCAACAGAAGGUGUUGGAGAUCAUUGGCAUAUCCCAUGAACAGGCUGAAUCAAAGUUUGGUUAUCUUCUGGAAGCUCUGGACAUGGGUGCCCCUCCACACGGCGGCAUUGCUUAUGGGUUGGAUAGAUUGGUCAUGCUGCUGGCCGGUGCGAACUCCAUAAGGGAUGUGAUAGCUUUCCCGAAGACGACAACAGCUCAGUGUGCACUUACACGAGCACCAUCGGAGGUGGAUCCUCGGCAGCUCAAAGAACUCUCCCUCCUUCUUGCUCAACAUUAAACUGAGCUGUUCCCAUUUGGUCCCGGUUAGAUAGGGGCCCAGUAUUCUGGCUCCUCUGCCUCCAGCAUAAUGUGUUUCUACUAUUUUGUUUCCUCGGAGGGUAUGUAUUUGUACAAGGCAUAGCGAGUAGCGGAUUGGCUUAAGGAGGAAAUUAUUGUUGGUCGGAGGCAUAAUUAACAGGUGGUUUGGAAGCUGUGAUUGUUUUUUGAGAUUUGCUACAAUUCUCUUGGAUCAAGGAUCUGUACCGCAAAUCCAACGCAAAUGAGAUUUGGUCAAAUUAAGUGUUUGGGUGCAUAAAAAACUGGAUAUGAAGUUAUGAACCGUGCAGUCCAUGAAUUUGGAACCUUUUUCAUACCAAAUUUGUGGGCCCAAUGUAUUUGGAAAACUGGCAUAAUUUGGUGAAAUUUUG